AUGCCCGCUACUGUAGGCCUAAGAGGAACAUCUGACUUUGACAAUUCGGAUGUUAAAUUAUUUAAAAGUGUUUGUCGAAUGUCUUGUUCAUUUGCUACUAUCUGUGUCAGACAAACGAUAGCCAAACAAACGCUCGAGGCCACUACAGAUCGUCUUCUUGUUGCAUUUAAACUGACGUUGAAAGUUUACUAUGAUCUUUUAUUGCCUUUAGCAAUACAUAUUAAUUGUGACAAAAAUCAUUUAUUUAAUGAAAUACAAGUUCUUAGAUCAAUGUUAGUAAACAAAGAAUUAUCAAAUGUAACUGAAUUAUACCAUGAAAUAAAGCCAUUACGAGAAGCAUUUCCCAAUAUGAUGUCAAUGGUUAAAGCAGCACUUACUAUUCCGGUAUCAUCUGCGACGUGUGAGCGUGUAUUUUCAAAGAUGAAGUUAAUCAAGACUCGUUUAAGAAACACUAUGGCAGAUGAACGAUUAAGCAAUCUUUGUAUUUUAUCGAUUGAACGUGAUUUUCAAGUGAAUUUUCAACAAAUUAUUGAGCAGUUCUCAGCUAGUCAUAAAAAUAGUAGAAUCAUGCUGCAUUAA